GAAACUAGCGUUCUUAUGUCAUGAAUUUCUUUAUUCAAAUUUUUGACAUUAUUUUGGUUUCAAGUAAAAGUGGCAAAUAAAAAAAUACGGAAAAACGUGAGCCAUGAGUGAAGAUGAAAUGUCCUUUAAAUAUAUUAGCAGGGACCUUCGCUCCUUUGCAGGGUCAGGCCAAGGUUGCAGUACGAAGAUCCAAAGUAACAAAUUGAACUCAAACGACAAUGGUGAGGUCAAAACAAGAAAACGCACCGUUCACGAAAUUGAGCGAGAUGUCAGGAUCCGUGGUAUCAUUACCGCACAUAACAUUCCGUCUGAAAAGUCCUGUGUCUCUCAAUCCCUAUCACACAGUUUACCUCUUCCGUGUGAUGUAUUACCUUCAGCCCCAUGCAACGGUGCGACAGGAAAGGAUAGAAUCGAAACCGACUUCUCUUCCUAUUCUCAUGCGGAGGGUGGUUCACCUGGUACGGUAACGACAGGGACCCGAACCCCGGUUCAUGCGAGGCCUUUUCCGAGUCCAAAAAGUAACUCGUCAACCGCGAUCCCUUCGGCCCGAUCCGGAAGGUUCCAUCCCUCUCGUGAACAAGGCCCGCAUCAUCACAGGAACAACCGCAGCGCCGUUGUGGCCCGCAAUGCCCUGUGCGAGGUUGAUCCCGUCACGAAGCAAUGCAUGCAGGUGAGUGUGCCUUCCCUCUCCACGGCCCAAUCGGCCUCAUCGAGAACGGCAGGAUCACUUCAUACUAGUAUUAAUCGAGCCCCAGGUCGAGGUCGAUUCGACAACGAUAACAGGGGAAGGGAAAAGAGAGGCCGAUCAGACUACGGAACUCGCUCUCGUACUGUUAUUCAUCGUGUCGAAUCUGCACAUAAUGCGAGCAAUAGAACGUUUCGUGGUCAUCAUGAGGAUAGCGCGAGAAGUAGACGAGGUCGUGGUGGAUACGAAAAUGUAAACUGAGAAUCCUUGUGUAUAAUAACGAGUUUUUCAGGAAAAUCAGAUCUAAUGGCCUGUAUUCUGGCAUUUUACUUUCUCUGUUUAUGUGUGCGUUUGUUGCUUCUUCAAUUUUUUUCUAAAUUGGAUGGCGCCUAGGGUAGCUUGUUGAAGUUCGGUUUUAUUAAUUACUAACCGCAUUAUAUUUUUAAGAAUUAAAACAACUUUGAAGUCAAAAAGAGUCCUUUGAAUUUAUCUCCAAU